AUCAACGAUCCUUAAAUCGAGGAACUACAGAAGGUUUCUCAGGCUUUUGCCCAAAUGCAUCCAAAAGCAGGCUUGAUAUUUGCUCCCCAAUAGUUACUCUCUAUGCAACAAGGUAUGCCAGAAGGCACAAAGACAAACAAAAAAAUCACUCUUGGUUCCUCCGGCCAUCCCUCCCCAACAAAGUAUGCUGUUUAAUUAUAAAAUUAUUACUUGUGCGUGCUCACGAGUCACCACCUCCAUGGCUCCAUGACACCAGCAAAGCUCCAUAGCACCAGUAUAUAUAUCCUCACUAAGCUAGCACCCAAACAUCAGCAACAAGCUUCACGUACGACAUCUGAUUCAAUGGCAUCCAACUCCUACACCUUGCUGAUGACGCUGCUUGCACUCUCCGCCCCGCUGGCCGUCGUGGCCGGCGACCCAGACAUCCUGGCCGACUUCAUCGUCCCGGCAAGCGCCAACCCGACGAACAUCACCGGUGACUUCUUCACUUACACCGGCUUCCGCGACAUAAGCACGCCCGCAUAUGGUUUCACCUUGACCAAGGCCACUAUGAUGGAGUUCCCAGCCCUGAACGGCCAGAGUGUGUCCUACGCCAUGCUCACGUUCCCCUCGGGCUCCGUCAACCCCACGCACACCCACCCGCGCGCCUCCGAGCUGCUGGUCCUCGUCCAUGGCGCGCUCUCCGUUGGGUUCAUCGACACCGCCAACAAACUCUACACCCAGGACCUGGGUCCGGGCGACAUGUUCGUGUUCCCCAAGGGGACGGUGCACUACCAGUUCAACCAAGGGAACAGCACCGCCACGGCACUCUCUGCAUUUGGGAGCGCCACCCCUGGGCUCGUGUCCGUUCCCCUCGCCGUGUUCGACACCAGCAUCGACAACGCCAUCCUCGCCAAGUCCUUCAAGACCGACGAGGCGACCAUCCAGAAGCUCAAGGCAGGCCUGGCUUUCCGGUGCUGUUAA